CGUGGGCAGCGGUGGCGGCAGAACCUCGGGGCGGCCGGGGUCCGGCUCUGCCGCGCAAGCCUGGCUCCGCCCCAGCAGAAGGCAGGGGCGGGCGACACGAGCCGAAGGGGCGAUGCUGUUGCAGCUGAGCGCCCAGUUUGAUCCUCGGCGGGAUGUGGCGCCCUGGCUUUCGCAGCAGGCUGCGGGAGACCUCAGUGCUGAUACUUUGGGGAAUAAUUUUGAAACACUACACACAGUAAAUGUUGAAAGAAAUGGAAAUGUUCUUUAUACCUGGAAGGGGAAUCAGGGACACACCUUUAUUGGAUUGUUCGAUCCCAGGAACCAAAAAAACCAGCACAUUUAUACUUUUGAGAAAGAUCUGCAUGUAAUCAGCUGCUCAGUCAACCAUGAAAAGACAUUAUUGGCAGUCACUUUUCUGCAGCCAAGAAAGGAAGAAAGAAUAAAUCUGCUAUUUCAACCAGUGUCUAAAUGUUUGACCUUGCUGGUUGAAAUUCACCCAGUUAAUAAUGAAAAAGUUUUAAAGGCUGUGGAUAGCUGCAUCAAAGUGCAGUUUUUAUAUCCAGUUGCAGAAACAAGUACUUUUCCUGAAAGCUGUCUGUUGCUUUUCUCAGAAGAUAAAUAUAUUGAAAAAUUUGACAUCAAAGUUGUCAGAGAAGGACACAGAGUGGUGAUUGAAAAUUCAAACCGAUUGAAGAGAGAGAGAAUUGCUGAUGAUUUCAUUUGGGUCCAGUGGGACAUGCUGGAACAAAGACUAUUCUACAUUGUCCCAAAGGAAUCAGGGGACACGUUAAACUGUAUUCAGUUCUAUCCUGAUAAAAACUUUAAACUAAUACUUGAAGCACCUUUGGAAAUCUCCCUGGAUGACAUAGGAUUGAAACCUGUGAAUUUGGAUUACAGCUAUGAUCAGGACCAAGAGAUUGUACCUAAACCCUUGAAUGUACAAGUGUUUACCAGUGAAACAGGCACUUUUUGUGUAUGUUAUAGUCUGGUUCCUGCUAGUCCUGAAGAAGUGGCAUACUCUGUGUCCUUUCUUCAUAAAGGUUAUAGUAAAACAUUCACUAUUAGGUUAGAAAGAAUGGAUACCCUGGAAAUGAAGGAUCUGACUUUUUUGAAUCUUGGCUAUUAUGUGGCUGUCUAUUUACCUGGACACUUUCUGCAUCUUCUCAACACUUGGCAUCCUGACUUGAUGUGCUAUAAUUUCUUUCUAACAGGUGAGGAGGCAAAAAUUAACCGAUUGCAUGCAAGCAGCAUCCUUUCACCCAUCAAGUCCAUGGUCUGGGAUCGCAGCACAGGCAAAGUGUUUACUGUUGCGAUAAACAAGCAAGCCUUGCUGCAGUUCCUCUGGAACAUCAAGUCAGACAGUGGUAGGCUGGCAGCGCUGCACUGUUUGCUUCUACAUGCGGGAAGAACAAUGGAGUUGGAAACCCAGAUUAUCGAAUGGAUUUCUGAGAACAUGUCAACUUGUUUUACGUUUGAUCCAAUACAGGAAUUCAUCAUUGCUGCUUUAUACUGGAGGAUGUGCCUGGAGGCUAUCAACCUGGAUAAACUUUUACCAUACACAUCACUACUUUACUGGAAUGAGGAUAUCCCUGGAAUUACAUGUAGAACACACAUUAUCUCAUUACCUGUUUUAAAGGUACAACAUUGCAGAGGCUUUUGGGAGAAGUUAAAUUUGAGCUUGGAAUGUGUGAAAUGCGCUGAGCCACACUUGCAUUUCAACUGCAAGGAGCUUAAGCAGGAAUGGGAUAAGCUGCUCUUAGAUGAGACUACUGAAGAAAGAACAACAGAUAUGAAAAAUAUAUUUGUCCAUGCAAAACGGGUCAUUUCUGGGUUGAAAACAUGGAAGGCAGAAGAAAGGCUAGUUCCUCUUUUCCAAGAUGAUGAUUACCAGCAGCAAUUGCUAACAGGACUGAUGGUUGCACAGUUGAAAGAUCAUUUCAUGAGGCACCUACAAUAUGUUGGCAAAAAGAAGAUUGAGCAAAUAGCUGUGGAUUAUGUUUCAAAACUGCUGGAUCUAAUAUGCUGGAUAAUGGAGAACGUGUGGAAGAAAUACAGUCUUGAUUCCUGGGCCUUCUCGCUCAGACAGCAACGAAAAUCCAACGAGAUGGUUGUAUUCCACAUCAUGUGCCAGAUUCUACAGGCUGCCAAUGGAAUGUGUGUGCCGCUGCCUCCCGGAUUUCAUACUCUGCACGUGGGGCUGGGAGUACGAUGUCUCCCUUUGCACACGCUUCUGCAUUACAUCGACCAUGGAGUGCUGCGUUUAACAGAAAAAUACGUCAUAAUGCUUUUGAAAGAACUGGACAACACUGGAAAGAAUGAAAAGCUCAAACUGAGUAUUCUCACAAGACUUCCUGAGGCAAUUGGUCGCAAGGUCUGCCAGAUGUGCAAUCAUCCUGCAAGCUCUAACACUGUUGCAAGGAACUAUGUUAAACUCUUGCUUGAGAAACAUAGGAAUAAACAGCACAGAAUGCUGGUAGUGGACAAGCUGUCAACCCGGAUUGAGUUUCUUCCCCUCAACUAUUUGGUCAAUAUGUUAGUGGAAGCGGAGUGUCAAGGACUGAUGGCUUCUAUGGAACAAGAGAUCAUGAAUGCAAGAUCUGUGGAAGAGUUGGCACUGAAGCACACAACAAUGCUCUUAGGUCUUUAGUACUGCUUACCAAAAACAAAAUGGUUAACUCAGAGGCAUCCCAGUUUUACAAGGUCUAUUAACAAAUGGACAAUUAAGUGUUAAAGAAAAAAGAAUUUUGGGAUUUAGACUUGUGAAACUACAACUAUGACAGUUUUCAAGAGAAAUACUAAAACCUCUACUGAAAGAGAGUUCUUGUUAUUGUUAUGAUGAUGACUUGUUAUUGUUAAUGGCAUACAUUUCUGACAUUCUGCACCGAAACUAGUUAUGCUGGGGUAGCUACAAGAAAUUACAAAUUUAUUAUUGAUUUGUCUGCUGUAUUCAUACAUGUGCAGAUUCUUACCUUUUAAGAAUGAAGAAAGGUAGAAGCUCUCCAUAAUGGAGCAAUGACAAAGUGGCACCUGUUGUACCCUGAUGUACAGAUGGGACACAUUUAUGGACUUGGGAAGCAUGAAAAAGCCAGGAUUACUAAUAAAAUAGCUCUCUGUAAAUAAUGGGAAUAAUUAUAUAGUUCUAGAACUGGCUAUUAAUGUCCUUGCUAGUAUAACUAGCCGAAGACUUUGUUAAGGUAUCAUCUUCCUUGAAUGUUUUUGCUAUUAUGUGUAACUACUGCAAAGAAGUUGUGUUUGAUAUAUUUAUUUCAUUAUUCUAACCUCUUAACUUCCAGUGGGCAUGAAUCAGUUUUAAGUCCUAUUAAUGGUGGGAGAUACAGGUGUUUGUCUUCAUUUCUUCCAUUGCAAGCAAUAGAUUUAAGGUCAUUGAACUGACACUGGAUUGGGCCUGUUUGUUUUAGAUCUUGCUUGAGGGUCAAUGUAAAAAGAAGUUACCAUUUAGGAAACAGCCAUAUGUCUUGUCUUCAUUUCUUAGCUAUGUUUAUACAGCUCUAUGAUCCCGUUUACUUUUUUUAGCAGUCAUUUUUCACAAUAGAAAAACUGGUUUUCAGCUUGGAAAGUUUUCAGUUUCCCACAUGCUGAGAUGCCAUUAAACUUAUAUAAGUUUACUUCUGUAGAUGCAAAAUCCCUAUUCUGCAUAUAGUAAACAAAAAAGGAGAAACAGUCUUAAGUCACAUUUUAGAUACUCAAGUAUUCUGUUGCAGUAGGACUGAAAAAUAAUUAACUAUGCAGGAAUGCAGUAAAAAUUUAUUGUUUCAGUGCUUUGCAUAGUAAAAUAUUUUUAACCAGAGCACAGUUAGAGAUAGAGAACUAGAAGUCAAAGCAAAUACAAAUCAGAAAAAAGUGCCAGGACCAUUUUUAUAUCCAGGUUCAUGAACUUCCCCUUUGUUCUGUAUGGUAAAGACAUUCUUUAACAAGUUCUGACUGCUUUUUCUACCUUUUAAGAGGAACAGAUGUAAUGACUAAUUUAGAGAAGUCUCACAACCUCAUUUUACUACAGAGUUCCUUUUAUUUGUACAAUGAACAAGAGUGUCAUACAUCUGUAUGUUACAAGCUACAGAUCUCUAAUGUUUAUAAAUUAUAUAAAGUUUAGGAGACAAAACCAUUGUGCUACUUGGAUUACUGUACAAUCUCCUUACAUUUCCAAAUAUAGCCUUAAAUGUUUGGAAUCUAAAUGCAAGAAAGGAAGAAGUAUGGUACUAAUGAUGAUCUAUGUGCAUUUUACUACUUGUAAUUAUUUAUGGCUGUUUGUUUUGGUGACAGUAAAACAUUUGAUAAAAA